AGCACGGGAUGUCGCCGGCUUGGGGAGGAGUCGCGUUGUGAUUGGCUGAUUAGGGCGCGGCGGAGACGGCCGAUUGGCCAAUUUCAAUCUGGAGGCGGCGAUUGAGUGAUUCGAAUGGGCGUUCGGGCGGCAAACUUCCUGAGGAGAAAGAACGGGAUUCCCCCCCCCCCCAAAUGGCGCCGAAGAGGCGGCUGCGGAACAGCGGCGGGCAGGAUCCCCCUUCGAAGGUCUUCAUCAUGGAUGAAACAGUAGCUGAAUAUAUUAGAAGAACCGUGCUGCGAAUACCACGUUCAGAAACAUCCAAAAUGCUGGCUUCAUGGGGUUUUUUGUCCGAGACUCAACUUCAAUCUUUAAAAAUUCAUCAUGUCAAGGACAAAGUAUCUGAAGCAGUUGUUGAACUUUGUGAGGAGAACCAGGCAACUAUCAAAGAUGCAGCAGAGUUAGACUUAAUUUACAACUACACCUAUCAAGACAAAAAUACCUGGAUUGUUUACCAAAUGACUAGAGAAGAUGAUGAAGAUGCAGUCAUUUUUAACUGGACAACUUUCAAAAAGAAAUUUAAAUGCACUGUUCUAUCUGUUUUGAAAAAUGCAACUAUCAGCUUUAAAGAAUAUGAAGACAAUGCAGUGUGGAUUCGAAUUGCUUGGGGAACUCAAUAUACAAGGCCUAAUCAAUACAAGCCAACCUACGUAGUUUACCAUUCACAAACACCUUAUGUCUUCAUAACCAAUUCUAAGGUUAAGAGAAAUAACACUUUACUUUUUCAGGCUCUGUUGGCUGCUACCUGUUACAAAGACAUCCAUGAAAUGGGUCUCCGAAACCAUUGCUUAGAGUCUCUUAAAGUUAUUUUGUUUAAAAGAUUUUCCCAGAAUUUUCAGACACAUCCUCUUCGCCCCCUACAAGAAAAAAACAGUGACCUGGAAAAUGUUGAUCCAAGGAUAAUACUUGAAGAUAAACAUGAAAAGGAGAGAAUUCAAAAAGUUAAUCGGGAAACUUUUGGUGAUGGUCCUCAACCAAAAUUAGAACACGCGCAAUACAAGCUUGAAACAGUGUUUAAAACUGAAGAAAGAAGCAUCCUGAAUACUGAUCAGCCAUUUAGAUGUACCAUCAAGUUUUCUAGUCCUCAUCUUCUAGAAGCCCUUAAGUCUCUAGGGCCCUCUGGAAUAGCAGACGCUCCUCUUUCACCACUACUCACCUGCAUCACUCGAAAAGCCAGGAAUUAUUUUAAAAUCAGAGAGAAAAAAGAUGAUCUUUCACAAACCAAUAAUACCUUUCAAGUAAAUUAA